CCUUUCUCGCAACUACAUCAUCCUCAAUGCAGGUUUUCUAAGAACCUCACCGAAAGUGAACCUUGGCACCUCACAGAAAGCAUCAACGCUUGUGAAACUUAGAUUGACUCGCCCAUCAUGAGCCUGCCUUCCUUCCUACCGCCCUUCGCGGGCACCGAGAUCCGGACCGUGGAGAUGCACACAGCCGGAGAGCCGGCGCGCAUCGUGUACGCCGGAUACCCAGACAUCCCCGGCACCCUCCUCGAACAGCGCUCCCUCGCCCAAUCCCACCACGACCACAUUCGCCGCAGCAUAAUCUACGAACCGCGCGGCCACGCAGACAUGUACGGCGCCGUCCUCCGGCCCCGCACAGAACUCGUCGACGCAGGCGAGGCGCACAUGGGCGCCUUAUUCCUCACGCACGAAGGCUACGGCGCAAUGUGCGGGCACGCCACGCUCGCGCUCGGCAGGUUCCUCGUCGACUGCGCGGACGAAGUCGUCUUCCCGCGGCGUCGGGAGCUGGUUGUCGAUCAGGAAGGGAGGACGGUGGAAGUGCGGCUGCAUGCGCCUGUUGGGUUGGUGAGGCUUACGGUUCCUGUUGUGAAGGUGGAUGGCGGUGGCACGGGGGGUACGGGUGGUUGGAGGACGGAUGUGGGGAGAAGGAUUACGUUUCUUUCUGUGCCUACGUUUGCUACGGCUGUUGAUCUUGUUGUGCCGAUUCCGCGGGGUCUCGGGUGGUCGGAACUAGGUGAUGCUUCGACUGUGACGAUGGACGUUGCGUUUGGAGGCGCCUUCUAUGCUGUUGUAUCCGCCGCGGCUUUGGGCUUCCCGGCAUCUCUCUCGAAGCCGGACGUUAGCGGCCUGAGCAACGCAACGAAGAUACUCAAGCAAGCUUUCAACGCCUCGGCAGGCCUCCGCGCCCGCCUCCGAGAUCCAGGGGACGACAAGGAGGAUGGGAGCUCGGGGUACCUUUACGGCAUCAUGGUCACAGACACGGACUCCAACGACGUCCUCGCCACGGCACCAGGCUGCGUAGGCGCCGAGACGGGACUAUACUUCUUUGGCAACCAGCAGAUCGACCGAAGUCCGACGGGCUCGGUCGUGCAGGCGCGUGUCGCGCUGGCUGCUGCGCGGGGCGAGAGGAAGCUGGGCCAGUCGUGGACGUAUCACAGUCUCGUGUCGAGGGCCGUCGGCGAGGAUCGUGGGGCAUUUGUCGGGACGCCUGUGGAGGAGGUUGAAGUUGGUGGGAGGAAGGCUUGGAGGGUUGAGGUGAGUGGGCAGGCUCAUUAUACGGGCUCGAGUGCGUUUGUGAUGGAAGAGAGUGAUGAGAUUGGGAGAGGAUUUUCGUUUCGGGGAUUCGAAGGGUGAGGGCGAUCUUGCAUGGAGACAUGAUCUCAAUCAACCGUGUGACCGCUCAUCUGUUCUUUACUUCUUUGACUUGUGUUCGAGGGCAUCGCACACCCCUGAUAAUAGCCAAGCCACGAAUUGGGACGUCGCCCAUUUCAGCAAAACUCACAAAAAUGAGUCUAGAGAUGCAGCAAAAGAGUAACUCGACGUUGGCCUGAUUCGAACA